AUGUCCAGCAACCAGCAGCCCGUCGGCUACCGUGUCUUUGACAUUACCAAAACCUCCCACAAGAAAUCAUACCCUGCCAUCUCCCCCACCAAACCCUCCCUGUCCCAGGCUGGCAAGACCGUCCUCAUCACCGGCGGCAGCGGCGGCAUUGGCUUUGCGAUUGCCCGUGCAUUCGGCGAGGCUGGCGCAGAAAAGGUCAUUAUUGUAGGUAGAGACGAUGCCAAGGUUGGCUUGGCGGCGGAGCAGCUCAAUAAGCAGAGCCAAGGUUCCAGGACUGUCUUCGAGGGCAGGGUCUGCCAGCUUGCCGACUCUGAGGGCAUUGAUAAGCUCUGGGAAAUUUUCGAGGUAGAGGGAGUCAAGGUCGACGUCAUUGUGUUGAACGCCGCAAUGACUGGUCAGUUUGGUCCUAUCGAGAGCCUGGGUUGGAAGAAAGUCUGGCAGGAAUUUGAGGUCAACGUUCGGUCAUACCAUCAAUUCUGUGAGCGACUGCACCAGAAUGCCAAAAGCCAAGCAGGCAAGAGGUACAUCGUCAAUGUUUCAACCUCGGCCAUCCACGACUUUCCGGCGGCGUCAUACGCACCAAGCUACUCCCUCACCAAGAACUCGGCUACUCUUCUGCUCCAGCAGAUAGCCAGGGAAUGGAAGGUGUCGGAUAUUCAGAUCGUGAGCUUCCACCCUGGGGCGCUCCUGACCCCAGGCGCCAUGUCUUUGGGACUGGACGAGACCUCUCUCCCAUGGGACGAUAUCAGCCUUCCUGCUUCUGUUGCCGUGUGGGCCGCUUCUGACGAGGCUGCCUUCUUGCAUGGCCGGUUCGUCUGGGCCCGUUGGGAUGUCGAAGAGCUCGCUUCGGGCGAGAUUAGAGAGCGGCUCGAGAGUGAUGAGAAGUUUCUGAGAAUCGGUGUUCAUGGCCUUGAAACACCCAAGGCAAUAGUGUGA